UCCAGUGCACAAACCGAGCGAAGCAGACGGUUCACACGCAGCAGCCAAAACUGAUAACUUCGCUCAGGGAAUACAUAUUUUGAACGGCGCGGCGGUGUCUUUACAGGAAUAUCACUUGAUCGCGGACGCAUGUGAGAGGAGAGCACAUGCCCGACUGGGACUGUACACCAUGGCUCUGACACAAGUGCCUCUGCUCCUCUGACCACAGAGAAAGUCUCCGGAUCUCCUCGCGAAGGCGGUUGUUCUCCUUUCCACCCAUUGACUAACAACGACAUAUUUGUUGGACAUAUUCUCCGGAUGGUGGCCGCGGAAUGGACUACCUGUUUUCAGCCGAGUAGCUCAAUACGCGGGGAAGGGGACUGGGAGAUUUGCGCCCGUUGCCUUUUCUCUGGUUUUUAGAAGGCACGUUGGAGAUCACUGAACAUCGAGACGGGCUGCUAUAUUCACACGUUUUACACCGAGGGUGUUAUUUCCUCCGAACACUCACCUUUACGUGUGUUGGUGAAUGGGGGUAACUCUGCUCCUGGAGGCUUGACAACGCUGGGACUGGGACGGCACUGGGUGCGUGGAGCGUGGGAUCACCCAGGAUUGUGUUUCCCUCCCCUCUCUCGUGGGUCUGUUUACAUGUCCGACCUGACUGCUUUAUGACAAUGGAUUACUUUCUGCUUUUCUUGCUGCCAGUGGUGUCCGCCGUAGAAGAGACGCUGAUGGACACGAAGUGGGCCACGACAGAAUUAGCCUGGACUGCACACCCUGAGACCGGGUGGGAAGAGGUGAGUGGCUACGAUGAUGCCAUGAACCCCAUCCGGACGUACCAAGUUUGCAAUGUACGUGAGGUCAACCAGAAUAACUGGCUACGCAGUGACUUCAUCCCACGAAAGGAUGUGCUGCGUGUAUAUGUGGAGAUGAAAUUCACAGUGCGCGAUUGCAACAGCAUUCCCAACAUCCCAGGUUCCUGCAAAGAGACCUUCAACCUCUUCUACUAUGAGUCUGACUCGGACUCAGCCACAGCCACCAGCCCUUUCUGGAUGGAGAACCCUUAUGCGAAGGUGGAUACCAUUGCCCCAGAUGAGAGCUUUUCCAUGCUUGAGUCUGGGCGGGUAAACACAAAGGUUAGAAGUUUUGGGCCAUUGUCCAAAGCCGGGUUCUACUUGGCCUUCCAGGAUCUUGGUGCUUGCAUGUCGCUCAUCUCAGUGAGGGUCUUUUACAAAAAAUGCUCCACCACCAUUGCCAACUUUGCCGUUUUCCCUGAGACAGCAACUGGGGCCGAGGCAACCUCCUUGGUCAUUGCGCCAGGAACUUGUGUCCCCAACGCUGUGGAGGUGUCCGUGCCAUUGAAGCUCUAUUGCAAUGGAGAUGGCGAAUGGAUGGUUCCUGUAGGAGCCUGCACUUGCUCCUCUGGCUUCGAACCAGCAAUAAAAGAAACCCAAUGUCAAGCUUGCAGCCCUGGCACCUUCAAGUCCAAACAAGGAGACGGCUUCUGCUUGCCCUGUCCAGCCAACAGCCGUGCCAGCUCAGGAGCCUCCAGUAUUUGCUCCUGUAGAAACGGUUACUACCGCUCAGACACCGAUUCUCCCGACUCCCCCUGUACCACUGUUCCUUCUGCACCACGGAGUGUCAUCUCCAGCGUGAACGAAACCUCACUAGUGCUGGAAUGGAGCGACCCGCGUGACUUGGGUGGCCGUGAAGACAUCUUCUACAACGUCAUCUGCAAGAAGUGCCUGCCUGAGCGGGGAAUGUGCUCGCGGUGUGACGACAAUGUCGACAUCUCGCCACGACACCUGGGCCUGACCCAGCGCCGCGUGGCCGUCCGUAAUCUACAAGCCCACACGCAGUACAGCUUUGAGAUCCAGGCGGUCAACGGUGUUUCCAACAAAAGCCCUUACACACCUCUGUUCUCUGCAGUGAACAUCACCACAAAUCAGGCUGCUCCCUCUGCAGUGCCCACAGUUCACCUGAUGGCGGCCACAGCGAGCACCAUGAGCCUGUCCUGGCUGCCUCCAGAGAAACCCAACGGUAUCAUUCUGGAUUAUGAGAUUAAGUACCAUGAGAAGGAUCAGGGUGAGGCCAUUGCUCAUACCAUGACUGCACAACGGAGCAACGCCCGCAUUGAAGGUCUCAAGGCUGGUACACCAUAUGUGGUACAGGUCCGUGCCCGGACAGUGGCCGGUUACGGACGUUACAGCAGCCCAGCCGACUUCAGCACCAACUUGCAAAGUAUCAGCAAUACCUCUAUAAUAGAGCAACUGCCGCUCAUUGUGGGAUCAGCCACCGCGGCCUUCGUCUUCAUCAUUGCAGUUGUGGUCAUCGCUAUCGUCUGCCUCAGAAAACAGAGAAACGGUUCAGAGUCAGAGUACACAGAGAAACUGCAGCAGUACAUAACACCGGGAAUGAAAGUCUACAUUGACCCCUUCACCUAUGAGGAUCCCAACGAGGCUGUGCGCGAGUUUGCCAAGGAGAUCGACGUCUCCUGCGUGAAGAUCGAGGAGGUCAUCGGCGCAGGAGAGUUUGGGGAGGUGUGUCGCGGUCGCCUCAAGCUGCCUGGGCGCCGGGAGAUCAUCGUAGCCAUCAAGACUCUCAAAGUGGGUUACACUGACCGCCAGAGGCGAGACUUUCUGUCUGAGGCGUCCAUCAUGGGCCAAUUCGACCAUCCCAACAUUAUCCGUCUGGAAGGUGUGGUCACCAAGAGUCGGCCAGUGAUGAUUGUGACCGAGUUCAUGGAGAAUGGGGCGCUGGAUUCUUUUCUACGGCUCAACGAUGGGCAGUUCACAGUGAUCCAGCUGGUCGGCAUGCUGCGUGGUAUCGCAGCAGGCAUGAAGUACCUCUCAGACAUGACUACGUGCACCAGAGACCUGGCUGCCCGUAACAUCUUGGUCAACAGUAAUCUAGUGUGUAAGGUGUCUGACUUCGGCCUAUCUCGUUUCCUCGAGGAUGACCCUACAGACCCCUAUACCAGCUCCCUGGGAGGGAAGAUACCCAUUCGCUGGACGGCUCCCGAGGCGAUUGCCUACAGGAAGUUCACCUCGGCCAGUGAUGUGUGGAGCUACGGCAUUGUCAUGUGGGAAGUGAUGUCGUAUGGCGAACGGCCGUACUGGGACAUGAGCAAUCAAGAUGUGAUAAAUGCCGUGGAGCAGGACUAUCGACUGCCCCCACCCAUGGACUGCCCCACAGCCCUGCACCAGCUCAUGUUGGACUGCUGGGUCAAAGAGAGGAACCUGCGACCCAAAUUCACUCAGAUUGUGGCCACACUGGACAAGCUUAUCCGUAAUGCUGCCAGCCUCAAGGUGCUCACCAACAGCACACAGUGCACUGGGGUAUCCCAGCCCUUGCUUGACCGCUGUGUGCCAGACUAUACCACUUUUACCACUGUGGGGGACUGGCUGGAUGCCAUCAAGAUGAGCCGCUACCGUGACAACUUCGUCAAUGCCGGAUUUGCUUCCUUUGACCUGGUGGCCCAGAUGACAGCAGAAGACUUGCUGCGGAUAGGUGUAACGCUGGCCGGCCAUCAGAAGAAGAUUCUCGGUAGCAUUCAGGACAUGAGACUACAGAUGAACCAAACACUUCCUGUCCAGGUUUGAGC